CUAAAAGUUUCGUCACACCGGAGCGCCCCGCCCCGCGGCUCCCCCUGCCGGCAGCCUCAUUCUGUUCUGUGCGCGCACGGCGCACGCACGUAGUCUGGAGGGACUAGACCGAAUAAUUUGAAAUAAAUCAUAUUUAAGUAAUAGUGCUACCUUAAUAUAGUAGGCAGUUAAAAGUGUAAGUGAAGUUUUUUUGUUAAUAAUGCCGAAACGCAAGAAAAAUCAUAAGGAAUCAAAGGAAGAACGUUGGAGGCGGAAAUUACAAAAAUAUGAAGGUAGAUUGGAACACAGAAUACGUAGCACAGUAACAGCGGUGGUGUAUCCCACUGAUGACGAAGAUAUUCAAGUUCAAGAUAUAUUACCUGAAUCAUCGCAAUACCCCGUAGACAAUCCGGUGGAAAAUCCAAUCGAAUCUCAAUCAGUGGAAGGCUCACAAACAGAAAUUCCGCAGUUACCGCCCCCGUCCUCCGGGGAACCUAACAGUGGAUCCCAACCAGUAGAAACCCAGAUAUUAGAAAACGGGAUCACAACGGAAAUCGGACCGGAACAAAACAAUAAUAAUGAGGAUUUGUUUGAUACUGAAUUACUCAACAUCUUGGGGGACUUUGAAGUAACAUCAGAAGAAUGGGGUGACGAUCUUCAAGAAGGCGUAAGCAAGAGAUUUCAACAAAUUUUACAAGAAGGCCUUAAAAAAGAGGUGAAAGAGGAACUUAACAAGAAGUACUUGUUUCCAAAGAAUACACCUUUUUGUAAGGCGCCAACUCUAAACCCGGAGAUUAAUACUAUGCAGGCCAUGACUGAAUCCUUUAAGCAAAGAGACAAACACAUGAUGUCUAAGCAAAAUCAACUCGGAAAAGCAUUAUCCGUGUUAGGAGGGGCACUAACUGCUGUUUUGAAAAAAAACCCAAACAUUUCAGAUGUGGUUCGUAUUCUUAAUGAUUGCGGCAAACUUAUCGCCGAUUCACAUUAUAUGGAGACAUAUACUCGCCGAUCAAUGGUUAUACCAUUGUUAGAUAAAUCACUUGUCGAACCGUUUAAAGAGAGGAAACGGGACCAAUUUUUAUUUGGUGAUAACUUAAUGGACAUUGUAAAGACGUCCAAUACUAUGAAGAAGACAGGCACUAUGAUUCAAUCACAAAAUACCCCCUCAACGAGUGGUUUAAACUUCCAAGGACCACCAUUGCGGGGCCGUCAGCGCUAUUACCAGUCUACUCCAUACACAAGGUAA